AUGCGCCCCCACCUCGUCCUCCUCCCACCCAUCGUCCUCCUCACCCAAGUCGCCGCACAAAUCCCCACCGCACCCAUCCCCCCACCACCGCCCUCAGACUUCUCAGCCUUCCCUCCCCCACCGACAGGUCUACCUCCACCACCCACGGGGCCUUCCCCUCCCGGCUUCUCCACCGGUCCGCCGCCCUUCCCCUCAGGUUGGCACUCGGAACCGCACUCGUUCCCCUCCCCCCCACCGAUGCCCUCGCAAACGGCGCCUACGCUGCCGGGGGAGGUCAGGCCGUCUACGCCGCCGCCGCCGCCGAUGGGGUCGUUGUCGCUGGUCACGGCGGAUCCGGCGACGCCUGGGCCUGCGACGCUGGUGCCGACGUCUGCGAGUCCGAGUGCGUCGAUUUCGGGGAGUGCGGUGCCGGGCGCGGGCGCGAGGAGGGGUAUGAGCGUGGGAGAAAUGUUGGGGGGGCUCCUUGCCGUCUUGGUGGCGGUGGGGCCUGCGUUGGUCUGA